CCACUUAACCUUCAAACUUUCAGACAUAAAGAAAAAACAAAAAAAAGGAAAAAAAGGGUCGUCUGAUAUCGUGCGCCAUCUAAGGUUCCGGCGACUGUAUGAGCGGAUCUGGUGGAAACAACGGUGUUGCAACGAUGGCAGGAGGAGCAGCAGAACAGCAGUACGCGAAGGCGAAGAUAUCGGUCUGGUGGGACAUAGAGAACUGUCAAGUGCCUAAAGGCUGUGAACCUCAUUCGAUCGCUCAGAAUAUAAGUUCUGCUUUAGGUAAUAUGAACUACUGUGGGCCAGUAUCGAUAUCCGCCUACGGCGACACCAAUCGGAUCCCUGCCUCCGUUCAGCAAGGUCUCAACAGUACCGGCAUCGCCUUGAAUCACGUGCCCGCCGGUGUGAAAGAUGCAAGUGACAAGAAAAUUUUGGUAGACAUGUUAUUUUGGGCAGUAGAUAACCCUGCCCCAUGCAACUAUCUGUUAAUCUCUGGUGACCGGGAUUUCUCAAAUGCAUUACAUCAAUUAAGAAUGAGGAAAUACAACAUUCUUUUAGCUCAACCUCAGAAAGCUUCCAUUUCCCUCCUUGCAGCUGCUAAAACUGUAUGGCUAUGGACCAGUCUUUUGGCUGGAGGUCCACCAAUAACUACCGGUGAAUCACCCACACCUGAUACCACCUACAACCACACUCCACCUCCUAACUCACUACAUACUCCGCUUCCCGAGUCAACUCAGAAUCAGAUGCAUCAACCUUUAGAUAACAACAUAUAUCCAAACCCUCAUCCGGGAUUACAGAAAUUUUCAAGUUUGGAAAUAAGAAGAUCAAAUGAUAGUAAACAAAAAGGGAAGCCUUUAAGGAAAAACCAGAGUCAACCGGUUAUUUCAAGAACUUUAAGUCCACCAAUUGGGGUUUUAGAAAACCAGACCCAUGAGCAAUUUUACGCUCGUACCACUACAACCGGACCAAACCCAAAUCACAUUCCUAUUGGUCCGGAUUAUUCAUGGAACAACACUACCUACCAACCUCAUGCUCCACCGCCAGUAAAGCCGCCAAAUAAUCUUCCCGGAAGUUUCUUUCCACCUCAUUUUAUGCCGCCAAGGCCCAAUGGAUACACCUCUACUUCCUCCACACCGCCAUUUGCUCCCGAUAUUAUUAAGCUUAAUUUUUCCGACCACCAUCCUCUGAUGACUAAACCACCACCAUCAGGUGGUGGCAGCAACGGGAACGGGCAGCCGAAACAAAACUCCGGUAAUAAUUAUAAAGAUCACUCCAAAGCUACGUGGGAUGAACUUGAGAAAUAUUUAUCAACUCCUUCUGGUCGAUCUGCAAUUGCAGCUUCUCAAUGCAGAUACGAUGCUGCAACUAUUAUAAAGAAUACAUGCUUAAAAGAUACUGCCUUGGGCGACAUACUUCAGAUUCUAAACUUGGCUGUCACAGCAAAAAAGUGGAUCAUACCUCAUCAAUCCGGAUGGCACCCCGUCUUUGGAUGGUUUUUAAAGGGGGAGAUGGAUGAUGAGGAAGUAUUUGAGUAUGUUGAUGAUGGAGUAAUUGAAUAUGUUAUGUUCUGGAACUGGAACUGGAACUGGGGCAGAUGA